AUGCCAAAUGGCUUCUUGGGUUGGCAAGGUUGUAGACCAGCUAAUCAACAUGAUCAGGUUCCAGGCCUUGCAAGUUUGAGAGCAGAGGUCAAAGAGAGGCAGCAGAAAGCAGUAGGCCUCUUUGAGGCCACGCGCCUAAGAGCAUGGCUGCGACAGAGGCAGCCACGGGAGCAACUGAGGUGCAUGAGAGCGGAUCCGAGGGAGGGGUCAAAGUAUGGUCUAAAGCAGCAGGAGCGAAGGCAGAGGACAUCCAGGAUGGGAGGGAAGCUUCACACGUUGGCGCGGCUGAUGCGCAAAGAGCUGGUGGGGAGUGCACGAAGAGGCUCGCUCACAAGCCCCCCCCCAAGCCUUGCGGCACGUGGCAUCCCCGCUACUUCGAUGGAUGUAGACGACCAGCUGCAGCAGCCUGCUUUAACCUCCAUCCAGGAUCGACGGCUGGCUGAACUAGGAGGAGACGCAAGCGCGCUCUACCCAGACGCCCCCUCUCCAAGGCCUCGAAAAAGUCCUCUGGGGGGCGGCAUCACCGCCGCCCCAGUGGAUGUCGACAAACAGCUGCAGCAGCCUGGUCCGCCUUCCAUCGAGGAUCCGCACAUGGCGCCCACGAUGGAAGCACCUGGGCCGGCCCAGCGCACCCCUGAUGCAGCCCAGCGCACUCCUGAUGCAGCCCAGCGCUCCCCUCCCGAUCGGAAGUCCGUGCAAGGGAAGCGCGUCUUUCGAAGGAACGCGGGCCGCGUGUGCGGGCUGGCGAGAGAGCAGUGUGGGCCGGCGGGGCUCCUCUGGACGCGGUCCAACUGGGAUGGGGCAUUCGAGGCCGCCGUGAGCGGUUUGGAGGGGCUGAUUGGAGUUCCGGACUCAGAGCUGCUGGAGGGCUUCGGGCGGGUCGUCGCAUCAACAGCUGCGGCGCACCUUGAGGGGCUCAAGCAGCGGGGCACCGUGCGCGCUGCGCGCAGGGCCCGUAGAGCUAAGGUCGCGAGCGGAAGCCCGAGAUCUCCGCGCCGGCGGAGAGGCAUCGAGCAGCUGGAGACGAAAGCAGACCCGCACAGUCUUUGUUGCCACGUGUGCGGCGCAACCGCAGUGUGGGGCCUUCGAGGAAGCAAGGGCGGGGGGCAAGUCGAGUACUCGUGCAAAGAUCAUGACCACUCGUUUGGAAGCUUCCGCAUCGACAAAGACCGCGCAGCAUGGGUUCGAGAGCGGGAGUGGCGUCGCGUGGAAGCGGAGUUGGAGAGGCUCGAGGAUGAGCUGCGGAAGAUGGACGAGGAAAGCUCUUCUGCAGAAGCGCCAGCGCUCCGCGCUUGCUCCUCGCCAGUGUUCGAUGAGCCGACCUUCAAAUCCCCCCCGCCCUCCACGGAGCCCAUGAGCCAUGCGCUUCUCGCUCGAAGAGAGAACAUCGAGGCCGUGCGGGCGGCGAGCGACAAGGGACGACGGACCGGUGAUGCGGUGUACUUUCAAGAGGGCUUCUUUGUGCCCGGGCAUCCCAGCAUCUCCGGAAAUCCAUUUUCGGAGGACAACGACUUGGAGAACGGUCCCGCGAGGUCGGAAUCGGAAGGAGAGGGUGAAGACAUCGAGGGGGUAGAGUUCCAGAGAGAUGAAGAAUCUUCAGACGAAGAAGCCCCUCGGGACCGAGCCAUGCUGGACGAUGCCCCCCUGAAGGAGCCCAACCCCGUGGUCCAAUUGGGGCUACUCCAGCGCGCAGCGGGCGCUUCCGACUCGGAAGUCCUCGCCGAGAUGGUGAGGCGGAGGUUCAAACCGCGGGCACCUCGAGGUCGACUUCGAGUUCUGGAGGACUCUUCCUCGAGCUCCUGCGCCGACGAGAACCACCCCCCUCCGGCCGACAUGGAGGCCGAAGCCGGGCGGGGCGCAUCUCCCCCAGCCUCCACCACGGCCGCGGUAGACGGUGACAGCGCCGCCACCCCUCCCCCUACUGCACAGGCGGCCGCAGCUCCCGAGGCCUCCGCCUUCAAGCUAGGCGGAGAACCUGGCGAUUCCGUCCGUUCAAAAGCCCCCGUGCAAUCGAACCCGGUGUGGGGCACAGAGGUCAUGGCCUGCUCUACGGUACGACCAACUCAACCGCCGACUCCGCCGAGCGCCGGCGCCAGGGAGGACCCCGGCCCCUCGUCCAGCGCCUCGCGUCCCGCUAGCGCUCCCCGUCCGGCUGCUGCGGAGCCGGCGCCCGUCGUGAUCCAUGAGAUCCCCGAACCGCGCGGACCUGGCUACAUGCAGCUGAAAGCAGGCACCAACGUUUCACAGAUUAUGCGUGGCGCGCCUACAUCAUCCCCUCCUUCCAGAGGCGAGCUCGCCAACCUGCCCAAACUUCUGCCUCAAGAGGGGCUGGCUACUCUUGCUACCGCACGUACCGAUGUACCAGCGUCACAAUUGCAAGGCCGGAAGCGGUCCUUGGACGCGAGGAGUCCCGAGGACGAUGCGCGGGCGCGCGAGGACGGCGGCGAGCAGGCGACACCAAUAGAUGAGGCGAGUAGCAGCAUUGACCGGCGGGCGCUGCCCCCCUCCAGCGAGGACGAGGCGCAGGAGACGGAGUCGGAAGGGGAGGGCGAGAACAUCGAGGGGGCAGAAUAUGAGCCCCGGGACGGAGUCGGACGAGGAGACCCCCGAGGAUCGCGCGAUGAUUGA